GAAGUGCGUCAUAGCGCGCGUCUGUUUGGAUGUGGAAAGCCGAGACCUAAAAUUGGGGGUUGAUCUCUGAGGACAUGGAUCGAUACCUGCUUCUGGUGAUCUGGGGGGAAGGAAAAUUCCCGUCGGCGGCCAGUAGGGAGGCAGAACAUGGGCCAGAGGUGUCGUCGGGUGAGGGUACUGAGAAACAGCCGGAUUUCACAGCAGCAAAUGUUUAUCACCUCUUGAAAAGAAACAUUAGUGCUUCAAUUAAUCCAGAAGAUAGUACUUUCCCUGCCUGUUCAGUGGGUGGUAUACCUGGUUCCAAGAAGUGGUUCUUUGCAGUGCAGGCAAUAUAUGGAUUUUAUCAGUUUUGUAGUUCUGAUUGGCAAGAGAUACCUUUCGAUACAGAAAAAGAUAAAAUUGAAGAUGUUCUUCAAACAAAUAUCGAAGAAUGCUUGAGUGCUGUUGAGUGUUUUGAAGAAGAAGAUAGUAAUAGCAGGGAAUCAUUAUCCUUGGCUGAUCUCUAUGAAGAAGCUGCAGAAAAUUUGCAUCAGUUAUCAGACAAGCUUCCUGCUCCUGGUAGAGCAAUGGUAGAUAUAAUACUAUUGCCUUCUGAUAAAGAUCCUCCUAAAUUGAAAGACUGUUUACCUACUGUAGGAGCAUUAAAACAUUUGAGAGAAUGGUAUUCAGCAAAGAUCACUAUAGCAGGAAAUCAUUGUGAAAUAAACUGUCAGAAAAUUGCAGAAUACCUUUCUGCUAAUGUUGUAUCUUUAGAAGAUCUCAGAAAUGUUAUUGACUCAAAGGAAUUAUGGAGGGGAAAAAUACAGAUAUGGGAAAGAAAGUUUGGAUUUGAAAUUAGUUUUCCUGAAUUUUGUUUAAAGGGAGUCACACCUCAGAAUUUUAGUACAUCUAACUUAAAUACUGACUUCCUUGCCAAAAAGAUAAUACCAUCAAAGGAUAAGAAUAUUUUGCCAAAGGUUUUCCAUUAUUAUGGCCCUGCUUUAGAAUUUGUGCAGAUGAUAAAAUUAUCAGAUCUACCCUCCUGCUAUAUGUCGGACAUUGAAUUUGAGUUAGGAUUGACAAACAGUACCAAACAGAAUUCUGUGUUGCUGUUGGAGCAGAUUUCUUCUCUGUGUAGCAAGGUUGGUGCUCUUUUUGUAUUGCCAUGUACCAUUAGCAACAUACUUAUUCCACCUCCCAACCAACUCAGUUCAAGAAAAUGGAAGGAAUAUAUAGCUAAAAAGCCUAAAACAAUCAGUGUUCCAGAUGUUGAAGUGAAAGGAGAGUGUUCAAGCUAUUAUCUCUUGUUACAAGGUAAUGGCAAUAGAAGAUGUAAAGCCACAUUGAUUCACUCAGCCAACCAGAUCAAUGGCUCAUUUGCACUCAGUUUAAUUCACGGAAAGAUGAAAACAAAGACAGAAGAAGCCAAAUUGAGUUUUCCUUUUGACUUGUUAUCACUUCCACAUUUUUCUGGGGAGCAGAUUGUACAAAGAGAGAAACAGUUAGCUAAUGUUCAAGUUUUAGCUUUGAAAGAAUGCCUAAAAAGGAGAAAGUUGGCAAAACAGCCUGAAACAGUUUCUGUUGCUGAACUCAAAAGCCUGUUAGUACUCACAAGGAAACACUUUUUAGAUUAUUUUGAUGCUGUGAUUCCUAAAAUGAUUCCAAGAAAGAUGGACAAAUUGAAAACCUUCAAUAUAUUAAAUGAUUUUAGUCCAGUGGAACCUAAUUUCUCAAGUCUAAUGGAAACCAAUCCUCUGGAAUGGCCAGAAAGGCAUGUUCUUCAAAAUUUGGAAACUUUUGAAAAAACGAAACAAAAAAUGAGAAGUGGUUCAUUACCUCAUUCAUCUGAACAGUUGCUAGGCCACAAAGAGGGUCCUCGGGACUCAAUCACAUUAUUGGAUGCUAAGGAACUGCUGAAGUACUUUACCUCAGAUGGAUUACCCGUUGGAGAUCUUCAACCUUUACCCAUUCAAAAGGGGGAAAAGACUUUUGUUUUGACACCAGAACUUAGUCCUGGGAAACUUCAGGUCUUACCUUUUGAGAAAGCCUCAGUAUGUCAUUAUCAUGGAAUUGAAUAUUGCUUGGACGACCGAAAAGCUUUAGAAAGAGAUGGAGGAUUUUCUGAACUUCAGUCUCGUCUUAUUCGUUAUGAAACUCAAACCACCUGCACCAGAGAAAGUUUUCCAGUACCUACUGUGUUGAGCCCUCUUCCAUCUCCUGCAGUUUCAUCAGAACCUGGAAGCGUCCCUGACGGAGAAGUUUUACAAAAUGAACUUCGAACUGAAGUAUCCCGAUUGAAACGGAGAUCUAAAGAUCUGAAUUGCCUUUAUCCCAGAAAAAGACUUGUGAAAUCUGAAGGUUCAGAGUCUCUUCUUUCUCAGACAAGUGGUAACAGUAAUCACCAUCAUCAUCAUGUAACAUCCAGAAAGCCAGAAACAGAGCGGUCCUUACCAAUUACUUGUCCAUUGGUUCCAGUUCCUAGCUGUGAAACUCCAAAACUUGCUAUAAAGACCAAUUCAGGUCAAAAAAGUAUGCAUGAAUCAAAAACAUCAAGGCAAAUUAAGGAAUCAAGAUCACAGAAACACACACGGAUACUGAAAGAAGUAGUUACUGAAACCCUGAAGAAACACAGUAUUACCGAGACUCAUGAAUGUUUCACUGCAUGCAGCCAGCGUCUCUUUGAAAUCUCUAAGUUCUAUCUAAAGGAUCUUAAAACUUCAAGGGGUCUAUUUGAAGAAAUGAAGAAAACAGCAAACAACAAUGCUGUACAGGUAAAGUUAUUCCCAAGAAACUAUAUUCAAUUAAAUUGGUAUUUUAUUUCAGGGUUGCUCUGAUGCCAUUAUAUAUGCAGCAAUAAUUAGUUACUGGUCUUUUUCAACUCUGUCCCUGUGAAAACUCUUUAAGAAACUUAAUAAUAGGCUUAUAUAGGCUGAGUAUUUUAUAGUAUUUAAUAGGUUAGUCUGUCAACAAAAGAGUUUCCAAAGUGAUGCUAAGAAAGCAAAAGAAAAAAUAAAUUAUCUGACGUGCUGGAAAAACCAAUCCAUUUUUGGUUAGCUAUUUUCAAAGUUUAGUUUAUUUGAUUGACCAUAUGAAACAUAUUUUUAUAUAAAGGUGAGAAAAUGGAGCAGAAUCUUCAUUUCAUUCAGUGAGGACGAUAUUAUACUCAGUAUUGAAAGUCCAACAAAAAUGUUCUUCCAUUACAAAAUAAAAUGUGUUUUUUAGUAUAAGAUUUCAGUAUCUUCCUUUUUAUUUUAACUUUUCUACCAUGUUCUUUUGAAGUU